GCUGCUGACUGGUGUUGUGUACCUACAUACACUUGUUGCUUCCAUUAUUGAGCUUUAAAUUCUCCGAUUCUCUUGAUACGGAUGCGCACUAGUGCUCGCUCUCUCAGACAUUGUCAGCUGUUACUGAUGGGUAGUUUUCCCUCCUCGAAACCGUACGACACGCGUGAUCAUUUAGACAGCUUAGUCGUUGGUGGGUACCUAGACGGUCAUAGCCGAGAGGCCACCACGAGAAGCACCACGAGCAUCACCAUGCAUCAACUCACAGUAGAAUCUGACCCUCCGAAUAGCAUCGAGUACGCCAAGGGAAGGGCCAGUCCGGCCGAAGCCAUGCACAGUCACGAGAACAGUCGAAAUCUAAAGCAAGUGAUCCAGCAAUGGACCAGCUCGGAGCGCUUGAGCUACUCGAUCGAAUUAAUUCCAAAAGAGGACUUUGUGCUGGAUUUAAGCCGUCUCAACCCUCAGCCGAUGUUCUGCUCGUUACCGUGGAUUUCGGAUAACAACCUCCAGUAUCAGCGAUUCGUCGAUACUCCAAUGCUCAAAAUGACCGCAAAAAUAGUGCCUCACUGUUCGGUGAUGAAUCACAUAUCGUGUUACAACAUUACCGAGACCCAGGUGGACAAGUUCGUCGAGAUGGGCAAUUGGAAUCUGUUUGUGAUCCGUGGCGACACGGUCGGCGAAAACCAGCGCUUCAAGCACUCGUCCGAUCUGGUCGAGUAUCUGCGGAGCAAGAACAAUCCCGAAAUGACCAUCGCCACCGGAGGCUACCCGUACGUGCAUCCCGAGUCACCUUCCUUGGACUAUGACGUCAAAUAUCUGAAGCAGAAGGUCGACCUCGGCGUGGACUUCGUCCUGACGCAAACCCUGUACGACGCCGCCUCCUACCUGCAGUACGUGGACGAGUGCCGUCGGGCGGGAAUCACCGUCCCAAUCGUACCGGGCAUCUUCCUACCGGGCUCGUACGACCAGCUGGAAACAGUUCUGAACCUAACCCGGGUAAAUCCACCGGCGGACGUGCUCGCGAUGCUUCACUCGCACGCCCUCGAUGAACCGGACGUAUUCGAAGCGUUCGUGGUGAAACACUUUGUCGAGCUGGUGCGGACACUGCGCCAGGAACGACCGGACGAGGUCAAACUGGUGCACUUUUUCACCUUUAACCGAUUGGGACUGCUGCGCAAGGUGCUCGACAAGAUUGCGGAUUUGUUCUAGCCAGAGUGAGAUAGGGGCAGAGAGAGGCGGUGGAGAGCCUCUCACGAGGAAUUCGACAUGUCACUUGGACGAGUGAUUGUCAAUUUUACAGCAUAGAUAUUAAUCACGUUAAGCUAGGGUAAAUUACAUUUAUCGCUAGCUGGAUUUCAGAAACUAGUGCCAGCCAUUUGCCAUCAUUAGACAGUAAUUAUAAGAUUUUUUUUUUGUUUAUUUUGCUCAAGAUGGCCGUUUGAAUUCAGAUGACGAUCAUGCCUUACCAUCGUGUACCAAAGGAGCUAUCAUAUAUUUUAUCAUAUUUUUCUUACAAUUAAAACGAAACUGAGAAAGGACCGACGAAGAAACAAUACAUAUUUUUGACGUAGGACUACGUCCUUGGUUUCCAACUAAAAAAAGGAGUGUUCGGUAGUUUUAGCAAGAAUGAGAACAAGCCCUUGGUUCCUUGCUUUCUGAGUAGGUGGAUAGUUUUUUUUUCUUUUCUUUAUUUCAGAGAAGUGUUGCACAGUUUCAUAUCAACUCUCGGUAAAGUACUUUUUUUUUCUCGUGAGUCGAUCUCACUUUACUUCAGACUCAGAUUCAAAAUUGCAAAUGAUCUCUAGAACGUAUUUUCGAGAAUAUGAAAAGCUAAUGGUGUAGAUGUGGGUGUGUUUUUGAAAUGUUUAUUUUAGUUUUGCCUCACUAAUCUUUCGUUUCGUGUAAAUAAUUUAGAAACAACAUUCCUUUUUGUUUUAUUUUUCGAAAACAUCAAUCAAAUUUUGCUACCGUGUAUGUAUGGUUCCGAGUGUUUUUUGGUUUUUGUAUGAGGAUUAUGUUUUUUCUCUCCGUAGAGUGUUUUUUGCACGUAUAAAAAUCAUUCGAUAAUUUGGUCUCAUCCAGUUUUAACAAAAAUUUUCCUAACAAACCACGACAGAAACAUGCCGAAAAAUAACAAGAAAUUUUAUAAAUUUUAAUCAUCGAAUGGUUCUUAUAGUUUUUUUUACGUGGGAGUUGCCCAAUCUGGUCGAAAGUCAUUUGGCUAAAAUAGGUUUUAUUUAGCAUUAUUUUGUCAAAGGAAGGCUUCGAAAGUUUUCGAUUUCAAGAAUCAAAAGAACAUUCUAAAGCCGCUUAACGUUCGUUUAUUACAAAUGACUUUUUACCAAAUGAGCUUUCCCCUAUUUUCGGUUGACCCUUAUGUUUUCUAUCCAUGCGAAAUAUUGAUAGGGUUGAGCAAUGUGGCGUUUUGUUUGGAUAAACAGUCGCGCCGUUUACUGUUCUUGAUCAUACAACCUAAUGCUUGCUCCAGUAUUUAAUUCUAAACGAAGUACUAGAAUAUACACUUGGAUUCUUUGGAGACGAAUAUGUCAACACCACGCCAAUAUGUGUUUCGUUCUGUAGACGCAUUCACUAGAUGCCAAGAUGUCUAUAAGUGAAGAAGUACUAGAUUAUUCCUGGAUUUCCUUCAUCAAGCAAACGAUCUCAAUCAAACGUUAAUUUGUCGAUUUCAAAGAUAGAUCUCAACGAAAAAACAUCGAUUUAUGUAAUAAACGAUUGAGUCACGCUACAAAACGAAGUACUAGAUUACACACUCAGUGUUUACUGGUUGGUCCACAGAACAAAAAGUUUAUCAUCGCGUAAAUGCGUCAACCGAUGGUUUAUAUCAGGCGUACUUCGACUCGAAACGGCUCCGAAAGCAGUACUAGAUUGUACUCGCGACCGAUUGUUUCCAAACUAACGCUCAAAUGCUCGAUCAAUUGUCAUUCCUACAGAAAAGUAGGUGAUGACAAACGCUUGGAACCUGUUUCCCCAGAUGGAAGGUCAACCGUGAAUAGUGAAUUGCGAGUUUGGGAAAAAAGUAAAAAGUAACAAUUUGCAAUUGUUUCAAAUUUUCUGUUUCUGUCUUACUUUUCUUGGUCUCUGUGUUUUUUUUUGCUCCUUUUUCUUUUCAAGGAGAUGGGGAAAUUAUUCUCAACUCUCGAGUUCGUCUCAUCAAUUACCAUAUGCCUAAUUAUGUUGCUGACGGUGUCUGUUCGAUUCUAGUACUACAAUUGUUGUUUACCUUUUUUUUACUGGCGAACAAAGAAAUGUGUUUCUGCUGGUUGGUUAGUUUUUGUUUUCGUUCAGUAAUUGUGACUGUUACUCUGAUAGUGGCUAGUCAGUAACUUUGUUUUCUGCUUUUUGUUUUUACUGUUAGUAUUAAUAUCCGGGAAAGAAUGUAUUUUUCGUUAUGCGUCACGCAUUGGGACACAACUUUGUCUUGCAUGCGUGAGUUUUUUUGGCUUCAUGGAUAUGAUGGGGGACAUUGACAUUUGCUGUGCUAUCUCUAUUGUUUAUUUAGUGAAUGUGAAAUGUUGAAGCUAGUGUAGAGAAUCUCUUUCGGGAAUUCUCCGACAACUGUUUGUAGCCAAAUGAUGUGUGAGUGUAGAAUAAAUACAUUAAUGAAUUGUAACUGAGUUUGUUAACUAUGGAUGCUUGUUUGUGUGAGUGUGUAUGUGUUGUGAAUGGAUAGAAACAGUUGUACUGAAAAAAUACAUUAUUUCUUACAGAUAUACAUAUGUAUUACUAGUAGAAACACACUUAGCUUAAUUGGUGAUUAAAAUUAUGCGUAGGGAAGCCGAUUGUCCAACUUUCGCGAAGUAGUAGAAUAGCUUUAAAGUGCCUAACUUUCCAAAACAUGGACAGUUAGGCUUAUUCAUUUCGUUACUUAAUUGGACAAACGUCUGCUACUAGUAAGGAUUACAGUAAAAUCUCGAACGUUAUCAGCUGCAGUACAAUUCCAACCAAUGCGGUACUAGAUUUGCCAUUUCCAAACUUUACGACUAUGUUAGCUUUCAAGAUACAGCUAGAGAAAACCAUUCUCGUUUCAUACAGAUUCGAAAAGCUACAUUAUUGAUAACGUUUCCGCGAAAAAUCUAAUACUUCUAAUUUGCAGUACUAGAUUUGGCAUUUCCCAACUUAACGAAUACUAUAACUUUCAAGAUACAGCUAGAGACAAUCAUUUUCGUUUCGAUUCGUAACGAUUUGAAAAGCUACAUUCUUGAUGAUUGUACCAGGAGAGAAUCUAGUACUACACAUUUGCACCUCCUGCACAUACACAAUGCGCUACAAAAAACAAUAUUCAUAGUUUUGUAUCAAUCUGCUCGCUUCACUUUAUUGUGUCUUAUCCCCCGCGCAAAAAUCUAGUACCGCACUUACAGCGCCUCCUGCGCCCAUGUCAAGCCAGUUCAACGUCGAGAGUUUAUUGUACAUGAGUUCACCGUAGUUAGGCUCAUUCCAUUACUUCCUUUUCACCACGUUCCGAUUUCUGCUUCCUAUGAUACUUUAUAUGAAGGUUUUUAAACAAUACACAAACUACGAUUAAAACAAUACAGCAUUAUAAAAACGUGUUUUGAUCGGCUGACUGACUCUGGUACCUCACAAGCCCCGCGCCGCCAUCCGCCAGUCAGCGAUCAAGAGUACCGUACAGAACUCAUCGUUAUCCAUAUGAUUAUGCAGUAGUAGAACGAUUAUAAUGGUAUUUUACCCUUUCCUUUCUACCCUCCGUUUGCCUCCCUGGUCGCCCUCUUGGUGGUGUUGCUCUGCACUCCGAUCGCUUAAAUCGAUUCCAUAUGAUUAAGAACCUUCAGUGUUUGUAAUACUUGUUCUGCCAAUUGUUCACCAACACAGUUUGACUCCUGAAAUCGGUAUCGGUAAACGAAUCAUCGAGCAUUCAACAGCUGACUUGUCGGUAAAGUAUUUGCCGAAUUUCGGUCAUAUUACCGAGAUAUUGACAAUUGACACUCAACCUUACUGGAAUCUUGGUAUUAGAAUUGCCGAUAGUCGGAAAAUUUUCCCAAAAUCAGUACCAAAGUUCGAUUCAAGACAUACCUCCAUUUUCAGCUGUUAGAUUCUCGGUAAUUCAUUCGCCGAGCUCGUUGUCAAAACUCAACUGUGAACAUUUUUGUGUUGUUUUGUUUAGGUAAAUGGUAAUCAAUUGUUUUUCUAACUUCACUUGUGACACAGGCAACUGGACACCGCUGUUUGACAGUGUAGUAACCGUGUCAAAAGUUUCCGUCCGGAGGACAGACUUUUAUCUAAAAUUUGAGUUAAUAGAACCUGCCUAGGAGGGCACGUUCUCACUCGUUAGACAGGGCCUAUUAACCGAAUGUAAGCAAGUGGCUUACAGCGAAUUGGCCACUUGUUUCAAUGUGUGUGUGUUUUGGGUGUUUGAGUGUGUUAUUUGCUUCCAGCACUGUUUCGAUCUUGUUGUUCAAUUUGUUUAGUUAAUGCGCUGGUACUUGGUCGAAAAUCAUGAAUUUAUAAGAAGGUUUACCAUCCUUUUUUCUGUAAAUGCACCUUCUGACUACCGUUUGUUUCGUUGUAUUGUCUUCAGACAAAUUCAUGUUUUUCUUGGUUUUCAUCAUGGCAGUUUGAUAACCAUUAUUUUCCUUUUUUCAAUAGGUUGUGACGACGGAAAUAGUUGUUCAGAAGGAAGUAGCCAAAUUGGAAUUGUCUUGGAAUAAAGCCUUUUGGAACACGAA